AUCACAAGUGGGCCGUUUGCUCCUCUAACCAAUCAGCAGCCACUAACCGUCGAACAUUGAUGACGCUUUAGAAGCGUGUAUGGGAGAACAGGAUGUCAAGGCUCCUCAGGAGACUCGUCACACCUGUAAACAAUCAAAGGAAUCAAAAACCAGCGGCUACACGCCUCCGGUAUCAAACAUCAGCUCCACAGUCUGCUGAUAAACCCCUCAUGGAGCCCAAACUGUACCAACCACCCUCAGCGGUCAGAGGUAUGACCACUCUGGACAAGGAAGCCUUCACACAGACCAUCACUGUCCCAGCCUUGAGGGUGCCCACUAAGGUGUUGAACAAAGUGAUAAAGAGCUUGAAGAAGGCCACAAUCCAGCGCCCUGGUGUGCAGCGGGUCCUAGCAGACACAGAGGACAGUGUUGCCUUUCGCCUGGUCCUGUUGGACCCUCACAGAAUCUCAUCCAAAAGCUCAUUCUCAGAGUCUGAAGCUGAGGCUCUGAGGUCUUUCAGUGUCAACGAGGAGCUCCAGUACCAAGACCUGAAACUGACCUAUGACAACCUGAAGACUGAAGAAGUGCUGGAGGCAGUGCUGCCCGAGGGUCAGGACGUGACCUCGGCCUUCAGCAGGGUGGGACACAUCGCACACAUGAACCUCAGGGACCAUCAGCUGCCCUACAAGAACCUCAUAGGUCAGGUCAUCAUGGACAAAAACCCUGGUGUGACCUGUGUGGUGAAUAAAACCAACAUCAUCGACUCAACCUACCGCAACUUUAAGAUGGAGCUGAUGGCUGGGGAGGAGAACAUGGUGGCCAAGGUAAAAGAAAACGGCGUAGCGUACGAGUUUGAUUUCUCUAAAGUUUACUGGAACCCACGACUGAGCACCGAACACCAGCGUGUGGUGGAGCUCGUCAAACGGGAGGACACCGUGUUCGAUGUGUUUGCCGGCGUCGGACCUUUCGCCAUCCCGGCCGCACGAGUGGGCGCCAACGUUUUCGCCAAUGACCUCAACCCGGAGUCGCACCGAUGGUUGCAGCACAACUGCAAACUCAACAAGGUGGAGAACAAAGUGCGAACGUUCAACCUGGACGGCAGAGCUUUUAUCAGAGGACCUGUGAAGCAGCAACUUCCUGCUCUGCUCAAAGAACAAAGGAACGUUCAUAUAGUGAUGAACCUGCCGGCCUUGGCCUUGGAGUUUCUGGACGCCUUCAGGGGCCUCCUGCAGGAGCAGGCGCCCUCUGACGACAACUUACCGACGGUGUACUGCUACAGCUUUUCAAAGGAUGACAACCCUGCCGAAGAUGUGACCAAGAGGGCGUCACAGAUCCUGGGGUUCUGUGUGCAGGACAGGAGCUCCGUGCAGUUUGUGCGAAACGUAGCACCGAACAAGGACAUGAUGUGUUUGAGAUUCACGCUCCCUGAAGAGGUUCUUUACAGCAGCGGUGAAGAGCAGGAACAGACAGAGACGGCAGAAGAACCGGCCCUGAAGAGACAGAAGUGUGAAGAAACUACAGAGUCAACAUAGAAAUACUUCAUAUUUUAGUUACAUUCUUUUUUUUUCUUUUUUUUAAAGUCAGAAGUUGUGUUUUAUGGUUGCAUUUGUUCCUGUAUUUUUUAAAAUAUCCUUUUGCUGUAAAGUGCUUUAAUUACAAUUGGAUUUCUUUUCCAACAAAGCAGCUGAGUGAUGUAUUCACUUAUAUUAUUCCAUCUGCUUCUAAAAAGUUAAAUGACGACCUUAUCUUUUGUGCUUCACUCCAAAGAAAUUUACAUUUUAAUUUUUUUAUGCAUUUAGCAGACGCUUUUAUCCAAAGCGACGAACAGAGGAGGAUUAACAUUAUCAAGCAUUUGGUUCCUCUGGGAAUUGAACCCAGGACUCACUGCUUGUUUCUGAGGCAGGCGUGCUAACUGCUACACUAUUGAAAUGAUCAUAAAACAGAAAAAAAAGUCAAAUGCUUGAAUGUGGUCUUCAAAGUGCCUACAUCUGAGAGGGUAAAUCCUGCUGCGGAAGAUGUUCAUUUUUAUUGGAUUGUUCUUCUGUUCUAAACCCUUCUUCACGGAAUUAUCAAUAAAACCUUUAGUUGACAGAU